AUGUCCACGGAAAAACAGAUCAAAUUGAGGCAGCGUGAGAGCUUGAUUCAAUCAAAUCUUUGUUAUUUGAAGAGUAGGUUAUGGUUUACAUCCUAUACAUCUAAUUUGCUUUAUAUUUUAUAUUAUCUACAUCUACUUUUUGUUGUUUUACAUUAUCUACAUCUAUUUUUUGUUGUUGUAAAUUAACUACAUAAUGUUGUGUUUCAGAACGGGUAGCCGAAAUCAAAGAUGAUUUUUGUGAAGAUGAUGCCGUUUUCAACGUCGCUUGUUUCAUUGACUUUAAGAUAACAACGGACAAGGAGACGUUUUAUGUAAGACUCUUAGCUUAUUCUUCUUAAUUUAGGUUCGAAUCCACUUUUUUGAUAAACUUUCAUCUAAAACACAUCGAAAAAUACCCGUUUUAGAGAAUCUUCUGGGUACUUAUGCUGUUGAAAGAGUAUACUUACUUUUUUAUCUAAUUUUAGGUAUCCAAAUGUCUUCUGGCUCAAAAAUCUCCAGUAUUCAGAGCAAUGUUUCGAGAAGAAGCUAAAGAAGUUCAAGAUGGAGAAUUAAAGCUGUCUGAUGAUACUGAUGCCGUCAGAGCAAUGUUACUGUACAUUUACGAGAACAAAAGGGUUGAUGAUGUUGAAUUGGCAAUGGAGGUGAUUCAGUUAGCUCAUCGAUAUGAAAUUGAGCUUCUCAAGGUAAUCAAGCUUCUUUUCAAAGCAAACAUUAGAUUUUAAAAGAAAAAUCGGUUUUUAUACAGUUUAAUAUGUUCGCUGUACUUAAAUUGGACUUAUUAUAGCUGCAAUGCGAACUCUUUUUGAUGGAGAACAUUGCCCUUGAUUAUGCAGAAGAAUGUCUAACAUUAUCCAGAAGGUUGAACCUAGGACAUUUGGCUCUGAAGUGCUCUGAAGUGUUCUUUUUUGAAUUUAAUGGAUUUGACAUUGACAGAUUUCGUGAAAGUCAUCAGAUGAAGAAAGAAGUUAACAAAGAAGUUGUGAUUGGCAGCCAAUCUGUGGAUAACCUGAGGUUAGAAGACUUGCAUUUGAGAGGAAAAGAGGAAUUCACGCUUUUGAUCAGCAACGAAUCAUCGGGAACGAUGAAGUACAGUUGUGCCGUUGGCAUCAAUACCUUGAAACGGGAUGAACUCAGGGGAGGAGAGUUCUCUGCACCAGUUAUUGAUAUAAAACAUCAGAGGAAGAUCUACAAGAACAACAGUUUUACAUUUUAUGUUGUCUUCACUCCAAUAGGUACUAGAACAUCUUUUAAGCGUUUUUUCAACAUUCAUUUUUGAAUUGUUUUAGCGUUUUUAUAGCAGGCUAUUGUUUGUAUUUUGUAUUAUAUUGUGUCUGGACGAUUAAUAUCAGCUUCUACUAACUUAUUAUUAUUGUUUUUGCAAUUUUUUAAUAUUACUUUUUAUCAUAACGCUUUUUCUUCAUUAUAACACAGUUAUAUAACGUCUUUUCUGGUAAUAACAUACCAUUUAGGUUGUGGUAUUAAAUUGGUUUGUCAUUAAUUGAAAGCUUGUUUAUUUGGUGGUUAAUUUCGAAAACUUGUGUAUUGUUUUAGGUAGCAAACCGCUUACCAGCUCAAAAUCAGAAGUUUAUUUAAAAUUCUGCUGAAGGUUAUUUAAAAAGUUCUGCCAAAAUUCAUCAACCUUUUGAAAACGGCAUUUAUUUUUACAAAAUUUUCACUAAAAUAUCGAAAAUUCAAUUCAAAAUCCCACAAACUUCAAAUUAUUCAAAUUUUCAGUUCCGCGUAUAAAAAGCUUCGAAUUUCGAAAAUCGGUCAUUUCUGACUGAAAAUGGGCUUCCUCGUGGUCGUUUUGUUGCUUUUACUGAUUGCUGGUGGAGCCUACGCCUACAUGAACAAGGAGAAGCUGAUGGAUAUGGCGCAGAAGAGUAGUGCUGGUGAGAGCUCCACGAAGACUGCAGUCGGCGGAACCUUUGAAAAGAAGGAUUAG